CGACCAACCUCAGAACUCAAUCCUGGUCUACAUUGUAUCCACCACGGUUCUCUCUCGGUGGAAUUAUCUCAAUCAUCUUCAAUCUUCAACAUGGCACCAGCUGCACCGGGACCGAUGUAUGGCAAAGACGAAAAGGCGCUUUGCUUCCAUCACGAAUUGCUAUACGAGGCCAAGGUGCUCGAUUCGCGACACACUGACCAAAGCGACAAGAAAUCGCCCUACGAGUACAAGGUUCACUACAAGGGAUGGAAAAACACUUGGGAUGACUGGGUACCUCAGGACCGUCUUCGCAAGUACAACGACGAGAAUCUUGAGCUUUCGAAGAAUCUGAGACAGGAGAUGAACGCACAGCGCAGAGCUGCAGCAAAGCCCAUGACAGCGACCGUCACCAGAAAGCGCGAUCUCAAUACUGGAUCUGCUAGAGGCAGCGAGGAAAGGACUGCACCUGCAGCACCAUCUCGCGGAACCAAGCGUGGUAGAGAGUAUGAGGGCAUCGACAAGGAGGAUGAAUUUCUUCGUCGGCCUUCGAUCAAGAUUUUCAUGCCUGACAGUCUGAAGGCUAUUUUGGUAGACGACUGGGAGAAGGUGACCAGAGAGAAUAGACUGGUACCACUUCCUUCGAAAACUCCAGUAGCGCAAUUCCUUGCAGACUACGCAGCUUCCGAAGGCUCAAAGCGUAGAGAGGGAAGCGCUGAGGCAGACAUUCUUGAGGAAGUGAUCGCUGGCGUCAAGGAGUAUUUUAACAAAAGCAUUGGACGUAUCUUACUGUACCGCUUCGAGCGUCCACAGUGGUCUGACAUCCAUGCUCAACUUAACAAGGGCACUGGAGACUUGACGGGCAAGCUGCCUACUGACAUCUAUGGAGUGGAACAUCUAUGUCGUCUGUUUGUGUCAAUGCCCGAUUUGAUUGCUCACACAAACAUGGACUCUCAGGCCGUGAGCCGUCUCCGUGAGGAGCUGCACAAGAUGACGCAGUGGCUCAGCAAGAACGCCGGCAAUUACUUGUCUCAGGAAUAUGAGCAACCUACCCAAGAUUACAUAGAUCGUGUCAAGUAAACCUGGAGAAUGGAGAAGGGGCAUUUUUGCAUCAAGCGAUGGCGCGGUAUGGGGACUUGGGAAUCAUCAGUCGGUACAAGGUGCACGGCGUCCGGAGGUCGGGGCUUGCACAGGCGUUAUCAUCAUUCGUUAUCAUUUCUUACUUCCGGGUAUGGUUUCAGGGAGUACUGUCGGUCAUCGAUCUUGAACCAGGUCACGGCUUCCAAUCGUUCUAGGUUCUUCCGUUCAGCGGCGGUCUCGUGGAAGCCGUUUACAAUAGUUCUCGAAAUGAGCACCAAUCAUUACCGGCGGUAUAACCCUAUCUUUGACUUUGUGGAAGGAAUCUCAUAGAUAGCGGUUUGAAUAUCGAUUCCAUCUCUUACAAGUGAAGCGAACGCCUCCGCCAGACGAGUCAAUCAGCUUGUGCG